AUGGGCCAAUACUGGUUUUCACCGUGGAUCCCACACAUGGGGCCAUGGGAGGUCGGACCAGGACCUGACAGUCCACACCACGGGUACAUUCCCAGGUCAUCCGGUGGAGCCAACAUGGAAGCUCACAGGGAUGUAGAGAUUGUUCGUCCGUACUUUUUGCAGGUACCUGGUACCUCCUGGGGGGUACCCCUCGCACCCACCCUGCACCCGCCAGGAGGUGCCAGGUACCUCGACAGGUACCCCCUCACUUCCCUACCAAAAAUCAAAAUGAUGGUGGCCUUCUACUCCAAGAAGAAAAGUAAGAUUGUUCCAAUUAGAUGUAGAUAUAUUACAACAGAUAUUAAAAAAUGCCAAAAAAGUGACUUGUGGCUUGGGACUCUGGGAGUGAAACUAGGUGAAAAAGAGAGGGGGGUACCUGAGGUACCUGCAAUGGGUACCUUGGGUACCCCCCGGGAGGUGUCUGGUGUGUUUUCAGACCAUCAGGACCCAUAUUGGAGGGUCCUGGUUGAAGGUGGAAUGAGGGUCAGCGGUUGUGGAACCAACGUGUGCAACGAGCCCACGUGCUCCCGACCGAUUGGAAUGUGGUUUUUCAGAACCAUUGGCAAAAAAGAUGCUCAAUUUGUGGAACUGACGACAAAAUUGGAGCUCACAGAGCUUACCAAAAUUUUACAGAGCCAAUCUUGUGGGUUCCACCAACGGUGGGCUGCUACGCUAUGCUGCACUAAACAGUCCACUAAUGCUAGCGUAGCAACCCUCAAAACAGUGCGCCAAACCUGUAGCGUUAGCGUGCUGAUAGUGCCACUACGCUAUGCUACAGCGCUUUUAGCGGCAAAAACCACUAAAAAGUGCUGUAGUGUAGCAAACAUUAGCGGUGUCGUGGUGAAAUUCCACUGUGCUACGCUUAACACUAAUGGGAAUUCUGCUGUGUUACGCUACACUAACCGCUACGAAGGGGGUCAGACAAGAAAAGACACAGUGCACAGCGGCCCCCGUCCAGGGUGUACCAGGGGAUUCCCGGUCGAAACCCCCAAGGUCUGGGGGUUUUCAGCAUCCAACUGGAUGCCGCAUCUCCCAAGGCCAAUACCAAACCCUGAACCCGUCCGCGGGUUGACUGGAUUCUUCCGGAUUUUCGGGGUCCGGGUUGGAACCCUAGUCUCCCACACCAGGUAUAUCUCAUAUGGGAAUAUUUCUCAAAGCUAG